CUUGUGACUGGUCAUCGGUGGACGAAUCGUGGAACUGGCGGAUUUUCAGUAAUUGUUGAUUGGAGAUCUCCAAAUAUUGCACUGAUUAUUGGUUACCGUGUUUUAAUAAGUUUUCUCGCGGCUAAUCUUUUCGUUAACUUUAUCUCAUAAUUGAAAAAUACAAAAUAGUGUUAAAUUAUAGUAAACAUCGCGGUCGUUGAUCAUUUGUUGGUGAAUACAAGAUGUCGGUGUGCUUCCUUGUACCUACUCAUCAUUUUGCCAGUUGGUCCCUUUAAUAAAAAAGACUUAUUUAUUCUUAUCAAUCUAUAAAUUAAUCUGGAUUGUUAUUUUAACAAUGUCGUUGAGUGAGCAAGAGGGUAAUGCUCCUGAAAUAGAAGAAAUUGAAGGAGAGAUUGAAGAGUCUCCAACAGUUCAUAUCCACACAACACUAAAUAAUUACUGGGCUAAAGUUAAUGAGGAUAUUAAGAAAAUAACUGCUGAUGACUUUAAAACACAGUCACUACCCCUAGCCCGUAUUAAAAAAAUUAUGAAGUUGGAUGAGGAAGUAAAAAUGAUAUCUGCAGAAGCCCCAAUACUUUUUGCAAAAGCCUGUGAGAUAUUCAUACAUGAGUUGACCUUACGGGCCUGGUCACAUACAGAGGACAAUAAGAGGAGGACCUUGCAGCGUAACGAUAUAGCAAUGGCAAUAUCUCGUUCAGACCAAUUUGAUUUCCUCAUCGACAUAGUUCCAAGACAAGAGAUAAAAUUUAACCGUGUAAGAGAGGAAACCCGAGUAAAUGCACCAUCCGAUCCUAUAAAUGUCCCAGUUCAACACACAUCUCCAGCUGCGAGCACACAAGUUGUGACACAACCUUGCGCUCAAAUUGUUCAGCCAUCAUCAAGUACGACGUCAGCAAGUAGCAACAAUCAAGCCGUCACAUUGUUACAACAAGUCGUGAACUCAUCUGGAGAAGUACAACAUGUUCCUCUGAUCCUGUCACAAGCACAACUGACCAUGAUCCGCAUGCAGAUGCAGAACAACCCAAACGCGCCCAUCAUCCUCCAGGCCCAAUCGCAGUCCCAACAGCAAGAACCACAACCCAUACAGCUAAUGCUGUCACAAGCCCAGCUGAACAUGAUCCGUAUGCAGAUGCAGAAUAAUCCCAACGCUUCUAUCAGUAUACAGGCUCAACAACAGUCCCAACAGCAGACGCCACAGAUUAUUCAAGUAUCAUCGCAAGGUGCGCAUGCGCCGCACCAAAUCUUCCUGGCACAUGUGUCGGGACAGGAGGAGUCCUAGUGUAAAUGUGAAUUGUCUAAGUGUAGUGAUAUAGUGAAUAAGGCCGGACUGUUAUUAAACUAGGCCAAGACUUACAGUGAUUCAUGUCUACCAAAUCAUGCAAGGCCUCGGUUUGAGGCCAAAUUAAGGAAAUUAGGUCAUUUUAUAAGCAAAUUUGAAUUUUAUACAGAAUUCGUUGGUUUUGUUAAGUAGAUAUUUGAUAAAAAUGAGAUUCAGCGUUUUUGGAUGUUUGUUAUAUAAGACUAUAAUAUCUACCAUUGCGCUAUGUUUCAAAUAUAAUGAAACAUCAUAUAAUACGACGUUAGCAGAAGCAUCCUUUUUUUUUUUAAUUUAUUUAUUAGCCGGAUACAAAGUCCAUUCGCACUGAAGCAUCCUGUCACACAGUGUUACCAGAAUAUUUUUUUUAUCGAAUCGCCCUACCGGAGCGCGCGUGUAGCCCCGAGAUAGUCCCUAGGGAAAGUUGAAAUUCAUGAUUACUGCUUAUAUAUUUAUUAAAUUCGUACUAUUUUAGUUCUUUUUUUUUUGCAUAAUAUUUCUGAAAAAAAAUAUAGCCGAAUACGUGUGGCCAGCGGAUAAAAUAAUAACGCAGCUCGGUAAUAGACAUAGCCCCAUCUGGCAACACUGCUGUCACAAGUUGUCUGUAGGUCUAUGAGAUACCUUGGGAAUUCUGUUUCUAUGUAAAUCUGUCAAACAAUUUCAUUAAUUGUAAUAUAAUUAUGAUCAUUCAUUCAUUUUCAUUUAUCAUUGUUAUCGUUAUUAUAUAUUUUUGUUAUUAAUGGCUUCGAAUCAAGCGUGAUAGAACAAGAAAAAGAUGGCGCGAAACCGAAAAAUGUGUCGGUAAUUUUUUUUCUAACGCCGAUAAAGAAGUUUCAGUUCAAAAAUUGAAUAAGAAAAUUAAGUACAGACAUCGUCAAUCCAUACAGGCCUCACCGAUAUGCCACCUUAAUUAUUUAUUGACACGACAGUAAGUGCAAUUAUUAUAAUGUACAUUGUUUUAAUUUAUCUAAUAAAAGAGUUUUUAUCA